AUGAGAGUACCCCUUCGAUCUCUCUUCAGUCAUUUGGCGACAAGGUAUUUAUUCACAAACACCACUUUCAAGCAUUUACAAACUUUUGAACUAACAGGAUCGACAGGAUCAACGGCUUCAUCGAGAUUUCAAGCUGUUUUCCCAACCCUCUUCACAUCAACAAGGAGGAGGUCGCAAGUUCUUCUGCUGCCUCUUCCUUUCCGAGAUGAAAAGUCAUAUGACAAAUCUGCCCGAUCAAAGCCUUGUCAGCCCUCUGAUUACCAAAAUUGA